AUGUCUAAUUUAAUAUUAUUUUCAAAUAAACAACAAAAAAAAAAACAUUCAUUUAUAUGUUCAAAAAAUAUAUCAAAUUCAAAAUUAACUAUAAAUCAAAAUGUAACAUGUAAAAAAUAUUUUGAAAAAUUCAACAAUUGUAAAUAUUCAUCAUUACAACAAAAGAAUUACGUAGAUAAAAUUAUUAAGAAAAAACAACAAACAUUACAUUCAAAUUUAAAUCAAAAUGUUCUUAUUAAAUAUUUAAAAAAACCUAAAUUUCAAAAAUUUACAUAUCAACAAAUAUUUACUUCAAAAAAACAUCAAGAAUUCAAACAAUCAAAUAUAAAAAAUAUGAUAGAAAAUAAUCAAAAUCUAUCAGAACAUAUUCUAAUAUCUCAUGAAAAUAAACAAAUAAAUAAUGAGAAAAACAUAAAUGUUGAACGAAAAGCUAUAUGUACAAAGGACAAAGAAUCAAUGAUUAUUUCAUGUCUUCCAUUAUCUUCAUCAGUAUCUCAAUUUGAUUCAUCAACUUCUGUAUGUGAUAUAAAACCAUUACUAUCAUUUCCUAUUCAAUCAUCAAUUUAUAUUAAUGAAGAAUAUGUAACACGUGUACAUCAUAUUAUUGCAUCAUGGAAUAAUCAUGAUAAUGAAUUAAAAUCAAUACAAAAUAUCAAUUCUAUGUCAACAAAUUUAUCUAAUAUUGAUGAUGAUAUCAAUGAUCAUAAAAUAAGUUCUAAACAAUCUACUUUAAAUAUUCAUAACAAUUCAAAAGUUGAAUUAUCCAACAAUUAUAAAUUAAUGGACAAUGAAAUCUAUCCUUGUGAAUUCAAAUCAAUGAUUAAUAAUUCUCAUAUUCAUCAUCAAUAUCCUCAGUCUAAAUUUAUACAUCAUCAUAUAGAAAAAUCUCAAUCAUCCAUACUUUCAGAUCUACUCGAUUGUUGUGAUCCUAAUCAACGAUUACAAUCAACAUCAAGUGAAAAUAAUUCUGAUUAUUGGGAUAGUUUUCAUACUUCAACAAUGUUACGUGAAGUAAUGAUUAAUAUAUCAAAAAGAUUAAUAAUAACUACAGCAUUACCAAUGGUUGAUACUCAUUGCCAUUUUGAUCUAAUAUUUGAUCGUCUUUAUAUCAAACAUAAUAAUCUAAAAAAAUAUUUUGAUGAUUAUAAAGAUUUAUAUCCAUCUGGUCUUUCAUUUGAAUUAGCUAUUCAAGUUUUUUGGCGACCAAGACAUUUAAAUGAAAAAAAUUGGAUAAAUUGGUAUUCAACAUAUUUAAAUGAUCAACGUAUUUAUGGUUCAUGUGGUAUUCAUCCACAUUGGAGUUCAUCAUGGAAUGAAACAUCUAUUGAAGAUAUUGAACGAUGUCUUAAACAUCCAAAAAUAGUUGCUAUUGGAGAAAUCGGAUUAGAUUUUGGACCUAAAAAUACAUGUAAUAAAGAACAACAAUGUCGAGUAUUUGAAGAACAACUUAAAUUAGCUGUAAAAUGGUUAAAACCAAUUGUUAUACAUUCAAGAGAUGCUUAUGAAGAAACAUUUCAUAUAAUGAAACAAUAUCUUGAACCUCAUCAUAAAAUUCAUUUACAUUGUUUUGUUGGAACAAUCGAUGAUGUUCAUUUGUUUACAUCUUAUUUUACUGAAAUUAAAUUUGGUUUUACUCCAAUUAUAUCUCGUGGAAAUUUUCUUCAUACUGUUAUUCAACAACUUGAUUUAAAACAAAUUUUAUCAGAAACUGAUUCACCUUAUUUUGUACCUGAAGAACUUUUCAAUCUUUCACGUUGUGCUCAUCCAAGUAUGGUCUAUAGUGUUAUUGAAACUGUAGCACAAAUUCGACAAUUAUCUAUUCAUGAUGUUGCUUGUCAAUUAAGAGAAAAUGCUUAUCAUAUUUAUGGUGUUUGA